AUGAAUGAUAGCCGAACUCAAUUACCUUACGACGGAUUCAAGAGAAAACUCACCGAAUUCGAUGCUCUAAAGGUGGAAAUGGACAAAUUUUUGGAGGAUAUAGAUCAGAAACUUACAAAUAAACAGGCAGAAUUUUCCCAUGAAGCACAUAUACAUAAACAAAUAACCAGCGAACUUAAGAGUAUUGAUGAUGACUCACGGAAAAAAGUCAGUUCGUUGUCUGCAAAAGAAUUGUCAGUAAAGCAACGGCUAGAUGAGGCAAUGGCGAAUUUAGAAAUACAAGGGACAAAAGUAAGGGAGUUGGAACAAGACAAGAAUGAGUUUCUUGAAACGAAGAAACAGUUGGAAGCAGAGAUCAAACGAUUGAAUGAAUUGAUCGAUAGGAAUCGAGAUGAGCUAAGGUCGUCGGAUGACGCUUUUGAACAAAGAUUGCAAUCAUGUAUUGGUGAAGCAUUGAAAUAUGAAUUGUUUUCGGGUAUGAGACUUGAACCUUUGGAUAAUAAUCAAAUCCAAUUUAUUUUCUUCAAUCUUGAUCCCAAUGACCCUGAUCGCAAGUUUUCCGUUGUUGUUGAUGUUGGUGGUGAAAGUUUUCUUGUUGGAGAGACUCUACCUCAAUUAUCGCGAGAGUUUUUGGAUAAUGCGCAAUUGGAAUUGAAUCAGCAUCAACAGUUAGCUCGAUUUUUGAAACAGGUGUGGAGUCAAUUUAAUUCCCUCGUUUCUUCUUGA